UAAACAAUUUUACUAAAUAAGAAUAGUGAAAAUUUAAAUUAUUUGAGAAAUGCAUGCAUUAUUUGAGAAAAUUAAAAAAAUUAAAAUUUGGCAAAUACUCUUCAACUUAGAGGAUAAUUAAAUGAAACUCUAAACAUUAUUUGAGAAAUGCAUGCAAAGUGGAGUAUAUAAGUAAAUAAUUUUUGUGCUAAACAAAACUACAAGUAUUUAAUUUAAUUAUUAUUUCGAGAGGAAGCAAAAGAAAAAAUGAAGGAAAAGCUGAUGAAGUGUAACAAACACUACCGUUCCUUUUUGAGUCAUAAAUUGGCUCCCCCCAUUAUACAAACUAAACGCCUCGCCGCCGUGACCGCGGCGGCCCUCCUCCUACUCCUCUACAUCAUCGCCACCAAAGACGCCGCCUGGCCGCCGCUUGCGAACAUGAAGAGCACUGACGGAGAUGAUGUCGUUUACGAAUUCCCGCUAGACUGCGACGCAUGGAACAAGACAAACACGUGCCCGAGGAACUACCCGACGUCAUCGCCGCCGGAAAACCUUAGUCCCGCCGGCGGCGUGCCGGGGAUGUGCCCGGAGUACUUCCGGUGGAUCCACGAGGACCUGAAGCCGUGGAAGGAGACGGGGAUCACGAGGCCGAUGGUGGAGAAAGCUCGCCGGAGCGCGCACUUCCGUCUGGUGGUUUCCGGCGGCCGGAUGUAUGUGGAGGAGUACCGGAAAAGUAUUCAGAGCAGAGCUUUGUUCAGCAUGUGGGGGAUGGUCCAGUUGCUCCGAUGGUACCCGGGGAAGUUGCCGGACUUGGAGCUCAUGUUUGACUGCGAUGACCGGCCGGUUGUUCGGGCAAAAGAUUACCGGAAUCCCAGCUCCGGCCCGCCGCCGGUUUUCCGGUACUGUUCCGACGAACGGAGCUUGGACAUUGUGUUCCCGGACUGGUCAUUUUGGGGCUGGGCUGAGACAAAUAUAAAGCCGUGGAGAAGCGUGACGAAGGACAUAAAAGAAGGGAACAAGAGAAGGAAAUGGAAGGACAGGGUGCCCUUAGCCUAUUGGAAGGGCAACCCCAAGGUGACACCCUCUAGGGCUGACCUUAUCAAAUGUAAUCUCACUCGACGCCAUAAUUUCAACACUCUUCUCUACGUUCAGGACUGGAAAAAAGAAGCAAGAAGAGGAUACAAACAAUCAAGUCUUGGAGACCAGUGCACUCACAGAUACAAGAUAUACAUAGAGGGAUGGGCAUGGUCGGUGAGCGAGAAAUACAUAAUGGCAUGCGACUCACCAACGUUGUACGUCGCGUCUCGCUUCCACGAUUUCUUCGUCCGGGGAAUGGUCCCUCUGCAUCACUACUGGCCAAUUAACAAAACUAGCAAGUGCAAGUCUCUCCAAUUUGCAGUUCAUUGGGGCAACAAUAAUAAUCACACUUCCCAAGUAAGUUAUAAUAUGACAUUAAUCCAUUUGAGGAUCCUGCGGAGCUUCGUUUAUUCUAAAAGGGUGAGGGUUUGUGAAGGGAAUUAGGAACGAAUUCAAGAUCAAACGAAGCACUGUAAGGGCAUCAAAUGAUCAAUGUCAAAAGAAUGAGCUCAUUCUAAUAUUUAUCGAGAUAAAUGUAAAUAUAAGUGGCCAAAAUAUUACAUUAAUUCCUAAUUCGUGAAAAAAGCGGUAAAGCAUUU